AUGGAGAAUGCUAGCAACGCCCUCAUUCUCCGCCGACCUAACGGCCGGCUUCAAGCCUGUGAGCCUUGUCGCAAACGCAAACUAGCCUGCGAUCAUACGCGUCCCGUUUGCAGCCGGUGUCGGAAGAGGAAGCAAGGCGAAUCAUGCGUGUACGUCGUCCUUCCGAGUAGUUCCAAGCCGUCAGGACCUAGACGUUCACUGCCGUCCCCAGCGUCCCCUGGCCAGCAUUCGCCUCCUCGGAAUGGAACGAUACGGCCACUUCAGGUCGGCCCCACGAUAGGACCCGAGGUGCAGGUUCCGACCGGCCGCCCUGGUUAUCUGGGCUUCACUAGCUACUGCACUGUUAUCGAAGAGACCGAGAACAGUCUCUCGCGCGUCCAAGGGCCGGGAAGCGUCACCCUGCAUUGCGGGAGCGCUGCUCAAUCACCGCCUGAUGAGCCGGUGGAGAUCAUGUCGCCUAGGAUACGCGAUAUGUGUCUCAUCGUACUGCACAACGUGCCCGACGCAGGCAGGGAGUGCACCUUAUCACUUUACAAUGGUUCCGACUCCUGGUUUCUUCCAGUUGCCCAACGGCUCUAUCAUUCUCUUUACGACACCUUUGGGCACUAUUUCGUCCCGGACCGCUCGGUGUCGAAAUUGGAAGAACUGGCCCGGCUGCUGUGCGUUAAUACUACUCGUCCCUUCUCCGACGACGAGUCCGACCCUGAGCGAUGGGUUUCCCAGUUCUCGGGAAGAAAUAUGCGGUGGGAGGCCUUGGGAAUCCUGUCGAUAUUUAUGGAUUUCGCUCCCACGCCAGACCCCGGGAGCGUGUGGAAGGGCAGUGGUUCUGCCGGAUUCGAUCGGGCCUCUCGUACGACGAGUGGGAGCUUGCAUCUAUGCCAUGAGUUAUGCAAGGAAUUCUCUGCUGCUAAUUCUCUCGUGCUCUGUUUGAGCCUAAGAUGUACUGUCGUGGAUUCGAGGAUUUUUGGCGAUGCUGAUAUAUCCGUAUGGAGGGGGAGCGCAGAGAGAAUUUCUCUCUUGACUUUCCUCGGAUUCCACGCCGUCGCCGAAACGGACCGAAACCAGGCGUGUAUGUCGUCCGAGAUCAAAAAACGGCUGUUUUAUAGUAUAUAUGCCGUAGCCAUGGUCGUCGUAGCGUUUACUGGUCGGCCGCCACUCCUCAGCGGCCGCUUUACUUCCACGCCGCUCCCCCUCGACAUAAGCGAUGACGAUUUAUUCUCCAAAGACAACUUCGCCAAAGCUGUCAAACAGCUCGAUGAUCGGGGUUGGAAUACCGAUGGGAGGAUGCACAAAGCUACGCAAAUUCGCGCUCGUGGGUUAAUUGCGGCGAUUUCUGAGGAGGUGUUGGAGAUCGCUCUGAGCCACAAAUCGACCGCAUCGAUCCAAACGCUCUUGGACUUGAGAGCCCGGCAAUUGCGAAUGAAAUCCGAGUUUCCUCACUGUUUACACUAUAACCCCAAGGACCUCGAGAACCCCAAAGUCCCUGUCGAGACGCUCGGGCCGAGAAUUUUCAUUCAGCUUGAACAUCUACAAAACUUAUUCUUUAUCGAGAGACUUCUGCUUCGGUACGGUCACGAAGACAACGGGGAUUUGCUCUCAGUCAGCUUCGAUAUGGUUUCCCUGGCAUUGAGUUACUGGACUCACUUAGACCGGCUUGCCCCAUACCGCAUCGAUUGCGAGUGGCUCGUCAUGGCCUACGCUGUUCCCGCUGGCGGGAUUCUGUGUCUGGAGUUGCUGAAGCCCACUCUUCACGUCAGAACCCACAUUGACCCUAUAAUCACUCGAUCGGCCAUCAUCCAGAAGCUCAGCCUCCUGAUCGGGUACCUCGACUGGCUUGGCCCGUCAGGUCCGAACGGGAAUCCCUGCAGCGAUGCGAAGUCGGUCAUUGAACGUGUUCUUAACCACACGUUAAAUGCAACGUCGAGUAUCUACGACACGUCAGCAGCGUUCGAGUGGGACUCCUCGACACAGCUUGAUUUCAAUUUUGACCUUCUCGAUACUUUUGACUGGAACAGGCCAGACGUCCUGUCAAGUCAGCAAUCGAAUUAA